UAAAACCAUACAGACGAAUUGCGACUGCCGAUUCAACCGAACACUUAUUUCACCACUAAUAUCUAUUAUUAACAUACAAAAAUUUCAACAUGGAUAUUUUUGUAUGUUAACAAAUGCCGGGAUCAGUUGUGACGGAUAGCUCCCAAUUUCCUGAUUGCAAGUUUUAAGCCCUCCACUUGACAAAUUUAUAGGUUAUGAAACUCCAGGUGUCAAAUAAUGUAAACAAACCCAAAAUAUUAUAAUCAUUUUUUUUAUCUCGAAAUAAAUACAGUAUGUCAGUGCGUGAGGAAACUACCUACUUAUACUUAACAAACCCUAAAUGAUUGACCAUAUCGAAGAUGUAGAGUCAGGGGACCCAAAUUCCAAAUCUGGAGGUCACAAAGUGACCUCUCAGAAAUAUGACUAUUUAGCAGAUUAUCCCAUUAUUAAAGCUUUUUUGGCUGGUUCCUUCUCUGGAACUUGCUCAACUGUACUCUUCCAGCCUCUGGACUUGGUUAAGACCAGGUUGCAAAACACACCAACCAAAAUUAGUGUAAAUGGUCGCCAUGGGGCUAUCAGUAUGCUUAGCAUCUUUGCCAAUAUUGUUCAACAAGAUCACAUCAAGGGACUAUGGAAGGGAAUGGUGCCGUCUCUUGCCAGAUGUGUUCCAGGUGUAGGACUAUAUUUCUGCAUCCUUGACUACACCAAAUUCCACUAUUUAAAAGGUAAAACACCAACUGCUUUGGAGUCUGUCACUAUGGGCUUUUGUGCCAGAUCUCUUAGUGGUGCCAUACUUAUUCCCAUUACUGUGGUGAAAACCAGGUUUGAAAGUGGUGUGUAUGACUACAACAGUCUUGCAUCAGCUUUAAAACAGAUCUAUCGCACAGAGGGUAUUAGGGGCAUGACAUGUGGUCUGGUGCCCACUUUGUUUAGGGAUGCACCAUUCUCAGGACUUUAUUUGAUGUUUUACAAUCAAACUAAACAGCUGGUUUCAAGAGAUCUCUUGAACUCCCCAUACUCCUCACCGAUUCACUUCAGUUGUGGGUUAACAGCCGGCAUACUUGCCUCAAUAGUCACCCAACCUGCUGAUGUUUUAAAAACUAAAAUGCAACUAUACCCUAAUAAAUUUAACAACUUAUGGUCCGUGAUCGUUUACGUACAAGGUAAUUACGGCAUAAGGGGUUUCUUUAAAGGGAUGGUGCCAAGGACGUUAAGACGUACUUUAAUGGCUGCUAUGGCAUGGACUGUUUACGAGAAGAUUUCAACGAAAAUCGGAUUAAAAUAGCACUUUUGCGAUAGGAGGUUUACCAGGCUUGGCAUCCUGGUAGAACCUUUGGAUUUAAAUUGUUAUUUGGGAGUACAUCUAAUGCAUUACCUACCUGUAAUAUGGUAACUUGUAUCUGGGAUAAACUGCAAACGAUAUUGUAUGGUGUAACAUGCAGUAUUGCGUUGUGAUAUUUAUAUUUUCCUAUUUUUGUAAUGCACAAGUGUGCAUGCGUGAUGUAUAAUAAUAAAUGUAAUGUUUAUUUUA